ACACAAUUAAUUUAUUGAUAUAUCUCGUAAUGUAGAUUUAACUUUCAUUUCAUAUAUAUAUAUAGAAUAUAGCGAUUUUACGUCUCUAUAAAUAGUUCCAAUACGAGUGUUGAAUCAUUGAACUCCCAAAGAAUCUUGUAUAACAUGUUUUUCGUGAAUGAUUAUUAAGAUUUUUGGGGAGACACAUAACUUUGGGGAAUGGUGGCACUUACAUGUGGCUCACGAAGAGGGAAAUACCGCUUAUGUCCAGGGUCACACACAGGUAACUCAAAACAGGAAGUAAAACAACUGCCGGUAUGGCUUCCUCAUUUUAUCAAGAUGGUAACUGUCCUGGCGAUUCAUGCAGACUGUCCAUGUGCAAGGUCUGUCCACAAUCGACAUUCGACCACGACUGAAUGGUUCUCAUCACAAGCUUUAGGAUCUCUACAGCAAUGCCGAACGAACUUUGUUCCCGCUCUUCAGUGUCCAGCGACUACACACGAAAACUCGCCAUUUUACGACAAUGAAUUUUUGGGGAAACGAUCCACAUGUCCGUGGGUCAUGUGUCGAAAUACGGAUGUUCAACGUCAACCACGUGAUAUUUAUUACGCUAAGUGUUUGUGUACCGGAUGCAAGGGGCAACCGAGUGAAUACUCUUGUCAACCAAUAUAUAUAUCCAUGACUGUUUCUAGGGUAACAAGUAGGGGUAGUCAUGACAACAACAUUCGUGUGCCUGUAGGUUGUACUUGUGCCAAAAACAGGUAGCAGAUUAUGAUUUCUGCGCGAAUUAAUCUUUUUUGAAAUUGUAUGUGUAUUGUUCAGUAUUAUAUUUUGAUGGCAAUCAUACAGGAAUCACGCCCUUUACAGAAAUCAUUGUUUACAUUUGUUUUGAUAUUGAUCUACUUUGCUGUGUACAUUAUUAUGGCUAUUUGAAAGUUUUACCAACUGUUAAAAUCAUAUUUGAAAUAAAACAUGAAAUAUCUA